AUGGCGACGACCUGGAGAAGCACACUCCGGCGUUUCCCUGAGCCAAUGCCAGUACUGCAUCACCCCCAUCUCUGCUACUAUCUUCGUUUUGUCUGGCUCAUCAGCCUCGCCUUCCUUCUUAUGGAGGUAGCUGGAGUAGAAGGGAGAGUGAGCAGCGAGGGAUGCUUGCAGAGGGAGAGGGAUGCUCUCUUGCUUUUCAAAGCCGCCAUCAAAGAUCCUUCCGCCCGCUUGUCUUCCUGGCGUGCCCAAGGAGACGACUGCUGCGCUUGGACUGGCGUCGUCUGCCACAACAGAACGGGCAGCGUACGAGUGGCAGAGCUCAACCUUGGAAAUCCGAAUGUCGACCAAUCCAAUUGGAAGGAGUACAGUUUGAGGGGUGAGCUGCUGCAUCCUUCAUUACUGUCUUUAUCUCACUUGCAAAGGUUAAAUCUCAGUUUCAAUGACUUUGAGGCCACCCAAAUUCCACCACUCGUUGGUUCUCUUCACAAACUGAUGUAUCUUGAUCUUUACCAUUCCAACAUCGGUGGAACCUUUCCCCCUCAUCUUGGCAACUUAACUAAUCUUCGUUCUCUUUUUCUUGGUCUAAAUUCUGCCAAAGUUGUCCACAGCCUAGACUGGUUCUCCGGCCUUUCUUCUUUGAUUUAUCUGGACAUGUCUGCUUUGGAUCUCAGCGCUGUCUCCCAUAAUUGGUUUUCAGCAGUCAACAUGUUACCCUCCCUACAAAGUAUAGACCUUUCAAACAAUUGCUUGACAGAUGAGAUUCCUAAAGAACUAGGAUAUCUUGUUGGACUUCAAAAUUUGAAUUUAUCAAGGAACUACUUCAGAGGCAAGAUCCCAGACAAUAUCGGUGGAAUGAGUUCAAUGGAAACUCUGGAUUUGUCCUUCAAUAACUUAACAGGGGUAGCAUUCCCUCUGGGCAUCAACUUCAAACAUUAG